CGCGGUAUGAAAGUAAGCAGAACGAAGACGGAGUACCUCAAUACCGGUAAUGGGACGCACAGAGUUGGAAGUAUCAGCUUAGGAGGUGAAAGGGUACAACGAGCAGUGGAAUUUAAAUACCUAGGUUCAACAGUACAAGAAGAUGGUGGAUCAGAAGCAGAAGUGUCGAAGAGGAUACAGGCAGGCUGGAACAGCUGGAAAAAGGUUACAGGGGUUCUUUGUGUCCGAAGAGUUAGUGCAAAAGUGAAGGGCGGGAUUCAUAGAACUAUUGUUGGAAGUAGCGGAAAUGCGAAUGCUGAGAUGGUCGUUAGGCCUGACACGAAGAGAGAGAGUAAGGAACGAGUGUAUCAGGGAAAGGUUAAGAGCAUCAAGGCUGCAAGAUAAACUACGUGAGGGACGGUUGAGGUGGUAUGGACAUGUACGAAGGAGAGGC